UAUAUAAUCAACAACGUCAACCACAUAGAUUCAAAAAAAUGUACAAUAACAAUACACAAUUCGUACUGUGAAUUACAUUUUACAUUCCUUUGUUUUUGCUGAUUACAUUUUUCGCCAACAUUAGCGGCUGCCGAACGACUAAAUUAAUAUAAAAUGGAAAAUUUAUCUAUACCCACGUUAAGAGUUCUAUAUAAACAUUACGUGAACUGGGUCAGUGCACAUCCAGAACGGACAACAGAUCUAGAAGCUUCAAUAAAAUGGAUAUCAUACUUUUUAGCCGGUCGAAUCAACAACUCGACAUUGCUGUCCGAACUUAUAUACUCCAUGUCCAACUUCAUGAUGUUAUUCAAUGAUCAAAUUAUACUAAGUACUGCCAAAUCUAACCCUGUAACAGUCGGCGAUAAAGGAAAGAAAAAAAUAUUUAGCUCUGAAAAUAUCAAGCGGUUUAUUACCACCGUGGAUUAUAUCGAAGUGUUCAUAGAAGUAUCUGCUAAAAAAUUAUGGGGCAACAAAGGACGAUGGAUUAUAAUUGUACUCUUGCAGACUGUAAAAUGCAUGGCACGUCUGUACCUGUUGCAUGUGCACAAGCUCCACAUACUCGAAUCGCCUCCUAUACAACCUUUGGAUCGAAAAUCUGUGGGGCUCAAAUGUAACGACACUGUCGACGGUGUCAUAACGCUGCCGUCGGGACGGACCAUCCGCAAACUGGACAAUGCCCCUCCGAUGAACCGACGCACGUGGGAAGCCCCCCCAAGGGCAGACAAGCUCGGAGGCAUUCCCGGCAGGACUCUGAGUGACAGACACAUCGUGGCAGAGACAAUGUAUAUAAUGAAACCAAUCGUUCACUUGGGCAGUAUGUGUGUUUUUGGUGAGCAAUCAUGGAAGCCUUGGUUGAUUUCCAUAACAAUUGAAUAUAUUAGUUUGCAGAGAUUAAAGUCUUUAAAAAAUCUAUCACCUCAGCAACGUUUGGUGUUGUCAAAACGAUCAUUAAAUUUGGCCAUGUAUAUUGUGAGAUCACCAUUCUUCGAGAACUAUUCAGAAAAACAUAUCCGUUUAUUCCUACACUGGUUUGUUAACUCUGUGCCGUUGGUUGGUCCACUAAUGCGCCCUUUCCUAGAAUACAUGAAACAAUGGCAGGAAACAUAUUUUUAUCUUUGGUCUGUCUAACAUGUUGUUGGGGAAUUUAUGUUAUUUGGUUUUACACAUUUUUAUAAAUUAAAAAAAAAACAAUGUUUAGGGGGUAACUAUUAAAUUAUUGAUCUUUUUUUUAUUGGUUUAAUUGUUUUGGUAUGCGUUGUUGUCCACGGUGAUUUUUUUUAUAUUUAUACUACAAUAUAAAUGUUUUGUAGGAAACGCUCAAUUACAAUGUAAUUUAUUCAUUUAA